GAGAGGUGAUGUCACGAGCGCUGCCCGUGUACGUUCCAGCUGACUCUUGCUACGAUACCGAGCGCUCGCUUUACCGAGUGCCCGAAGAAAGAAAGAGGUUGCGGAGGUUAGCUACAAAAAUAUCGAGAAAGAGAGAGAGAGAGCAACAAAGAGGGCAGAGGAAUAAUAACAGCCAUCAGUCUUAACCGUCACAGCUCACGUUUAAUUGUUUAUUAUAUUCUGAAGAGGGGAACCAUCUUUUUAUUUGCACACGGAGUUUUUCCAGCUCUCUCGAUUCGAUUUAGUCUUAUAUUAUAGUUUACUCGCAGUUUCCUGCCGACUGUGUGGGACUGAAUCGUCUCUGCCUUCAUGGACGCCCGUCUAAUCCAACUCAUUCGUUUUUUCGGGGAAUAUUUCUGUCCUGGACGCGAGGAGCACCAGUUAAAUGCGAUGACAUAUGUCAACAAAUAAGCGGCGAUCCCACGGAAGGUUUACUGAAAGCGAAACAAUCGGCCCAAUAUUCUUUAAAAGGAGCCAGUGCGUUUGAACAGGAUGUUGAUCUUGAACUCCGGGAUCUUUCUCACUUGAGAGGACCAUACAGGACGUCAGUUCACUUCAGUUUCCUAAUGGGAGCGCAUUAGGACUGUGAAUACGAAUUUUAAAUGCUCAGAAACUUCCAUACACCCCCUGAUCCAAGGCGCGAGGCGUUCGUUCGACUGCCAAACUCUGUUUUUAGAACAUUUCUACUUUUGAUUGGAACACUUGAUUCAGUCAACCAGCUCAACUGUCCAGUGAUCUGAAAAGUUAUUAGCUGGUUGAACCUGGACUAAGUGUUACACCGAGGAAUGUCCAGGCCAAUUUCUCAGCUAUUGCCACCUGACCUUCCAGCAGGGGCCAGUCCACAGCUCGGUCCUGCUAACCCUGCAGGUACCACCACCAAUGGCCACCUGAAUAGUUCCAUGGCCAGUCUGAAAUCCCUUCUUCAGCUGCCUAUUAAAGGGGACCAGAGAGGGAAAGACUGCUGUGCUGAGAUGAAAGAUAAAGACAAACCUCUGGACUCCGAUGACGAUUCAUUAGGUGGAGUUGGGGGCAUGAACGGUGGGAACGGCACCCUGCGUUCCACUAACCAGUCCGCCUUCCUCGGCCCAUUGCUAUGGGAACGUUCGCUGCCGUGUGACGGCGGCCUGUUUCAGCUACAGUACAUGGACCUGGAGGAGUUCUUGACGGAGAAUGGGAUGGGGUGCAUGCCGUCAGGAAACACCUGCAGUGCGGCCGCUCAGGUUCCUUCUCAGAGCACGCAGUCGGCCGUACCCAGCCAGAGCUCUCAGUGCCCACCUUCUUCCUCUCCACCCUGCUCUUCCUCUGCCUCCUCCAUCUCUUCCCUUUCCUCAUCGUCUUCAUCAUCUUCUUUACUGGGUCUGGACGUGCCGCAGGGCCCUGGACUGCUGGGAGGUCCGGAGUGUCUGCAUGGGGCUCAAACUGUACCACCUGACCCUUCUCCGAGCCCCUCCUGCCCACCUCCCCCUGUGGUGCCACCCACCAACGUGGCUGAUGUUAUGGUGAACUUUGAUCCUGACCCCGCUGACCUCGCCCUGUCCAGUGUGCCAGGCCAGGAGGCGUUUGACCCGCGCAGGCAUCACUUCACAGAGGAAGAGCUGAAACCUCAGCCCAUGAUCAAGAAGGCCCGCAAAAUGCUGGUGCCAAAUGAUCAGAAGGAUGACAAGUACUGGAACCGACGCUUCAAGAACAACGAAGCAGCAAAACGUUCUCGUGAUGCCCGCCGACUGAAGGAGAACCAGAUUUCAGUCCGAGCAGCAUUCCUGGAACAGGAGAACGCCACCCUUCGCCAGCAAGUCGCCGAUAUGCGAAAAGAGUUGGGCCGCUGUCGCAACAUCAUCAGCAAAUACGAGAACCGCCAUGGAGACUGAUGAAGAGGAGAAAGGAAGAACAGAAGGAAGAGAAAGACACAAUUACUGAAUUUUUAAAAAAGCGUUUCAAGGGCUGUUCAACUCAUCCUGGAAUGGCAUUUUCUUGUAGCGUUUGCUUCAAAUAAGCACUACGAUACUCUGUUCACUAAUUUACAUUUCUUUCCGUACGUGCAGGGAUCGGUUGGAUUAGCUGGUAUGGUGCUUGGUUGAAACAAAUACUUGAAAAUCGUGGUUCAAAGUUGAACAGCCUCAGCACGAGGGAUGUGCACAAGGUCUACCUGUACUGUAAGCACAAGCACAUUUCAUAAGCAUCGGCUCUUCUCCUACGAAACCACCCCAAACCUUGACUGAGGAUGUGCAAUCCAAACUCUCAUAAAUACUCACGGAUCAUAAAGGCAGAUCAUUUAUAACAUCAUGUAGCCCUUGUGAACAUCCUCUUUCUAUACGGGAUGAUUUUCUCAGAGAGAGAACUAUACAGGAGGUGGUAGAGAUGUAAUUUUUUUCUAUGAUAAAAAAACACCUUGUAUAUUUUUGAACUGUUAGGGUCAGCUGUAAUAGAGUAGAUGAAGAGGCAAAGGAGGGAAUGAGGAUGGCGGCGAGAGCACAAAAGAGAUUUUGACAUAGGAAAACUGUAUAUUUUUAUACUUGCAGAAGCAGGCAGGUGAUGAGAUUUUGGAAAUAAUCUUUUUUGUAUAUUUUAUAUAUGGGUGGGAGGGUGCGGGUAGCUGGACCGAAAGAGGGCUAUAUGAAGAAUGGAUCGGUAUCAUAAAAUGAUAUAUUUUCAACAUCCAGAGCAGUAAGGCAGGUCAGGAAGAACAAGACUAAAGGGACGAACGUCAUUAAGAGUUACGAAAGGAAACGGAGCUGAUAAACAGAAAAUAGCGAACAUGAACACUGUAUAGUUUCAAAUUUUUCAUCAUGGGUUUGUUCAAGCACUUGUUUUGGUAUCUUUGAUUCCUUUUCUUAAAAUUCUGUGUGUGUGUUCGUUUUAUCUUGAGGUGAGAGAGAGAUGGAGAAAGAGAGAGAGAAAGAUGGCAUUACAUCCUGUCACUAUGUCUCGGGAGUCGCGAAAUGUGUACAAGAUUUUUCAGUGUAUAUAUUUAAAUAUUAAAGCAAAUACGUCCACAUGCUCUCUUUUUAACACUCUUUUUAACACAAACUGGACAUGGGUUUUCAUGGCCAUUAUGAUAUAUAUAUGCACAGACACUCUUUGAAGAUGUGAACAACAGAACUGUUAAACACAGCAAUAUCGUUUCUCUUUCUUUCUCUCUUCCUCGAGCUUUUGACAUUGUGAUCGGUGCUGGUUUGGCAUUUCUCACCCAGGUUGAGUCGGCAGCGAGUGGGUUGCAUGCUGGCGCAUGCUUGCGUAUUUUUUCGCCACAAGAAAGAACACUCUUCAUUUUUACGACUUAUUUUAUAUGGUGCUCACCCAGUCUCUUGACCCAGACGCACAUAACCCAACAGUUAUACCCUGUUUGCCUAUAACCUUUGCUCUCGUAUGAUUUCUUAUGAUUAUCGAUCAUUGUAUGAGGGAUCACAUAUA